AGUUACGCGUGACGUCAGAUAGGGACGAUCCAUUCGAAUCGUUCGCCAUUUCAUUCUUCGCAGGUUCAGGCCCGCCGAGCCCCAUUUUGCUUACAGUGACGUGGAGGCCUAACGAUGGUGAAAAUAUUCAUUGGCAACUUGGCCCCUGAAACGACGACAGAAGAACUUCGCUCCUUGUUCUCCCAGUAUGGGAAGAUUGCAGAAUGUUCCAUCGUCAAGAAUUUUGGCUUUGUGCACAUGGACAGCAAAGCAGAGGCAGAGGAGGCCAUUCGCAACCUUCACCAGUACGAGCUGAACGCCCAGCCUAUGAAUGUUGAAUUGAGCCGCGGCAAAUCAAGAGGAUCCACCAAACUCCACGUUGGUAACAUUGCUUGUACCAACCAGGAGCUGAGAGCCAAGUUUGAAGAGUUUGGCGCCGUGCUGGAGUGUGACAUCGUAAAAAACUAUGCUUUUGUGCACAUGGAGAGAAUGGAAGAUGCCAUGGAGGCUAUAAAUAAAUUGGACAACACUGCUUUUAAAGGCAAACUGAUGAGCGUGAAGCUUUCCACUAGCCGCCUCCGUACUGCGCCGGGAAUGGGAGACCGAUCGGGUUGUUAUCGUUGCGGGCAGGAAGGCCACUGGUCCAAAGAAUGCCCUCUAGACCAAAAUGGCUUCCAGAGAAACGGCUCUGAGCCAAAGUCUGAAUAUGAUGCUUCCGGAUUUGGUGGGCGUGAGCAGAGCAUGGCUUAUCCAGACUUUGGUGGGGAACCAGAUUAUGGCAGCAGCUUUGCACCUGGUUUUCCUAGGGCUUCUGGUCAAAGCACGGGUGUGCCAGGUUAUGGAGGAGGUACGGGCUACGAGAACGCAAUGAGAUAUGGGCCACCUCCAACUUAUGGCAUAAAUGCUGUCGGUGAUCAUAGCAUGGCUCGGAUGUACGGCAGUGACGGGGCAUACAGGGGAAGCAGCUCAUUCUAUGGCGCGGUACCAGCCUUCUCGGUGCGACGGUCGCCUUAUGAGGAAAGGGAUCCGUACGGGGUCGUGGACUACUACGAGAAGUACAGGGCCAGUGCCUACGGAGGCAGUUAUUUCGAAGAACGCCGGGGCGUCGCCAUGCCUGCUCCACCAACAACAUCUUCCUCUACGGCUGUGCGGGAGCGUCUGCCGCCCUCUAGCGUCGAGUCAUACGAGUGUCCCCCCGCCCCUCCUCAACCAACCCCGAUCUCCUCAUACUACACUCGUGACCGGAGUCCGAUACGGAGAGGUGCCGCCGAGGCGGGUGGAUAUGCAUUCGAGCGUUCGCGCCUUUCCCCGGCAGCCACGCUCCAGAGAAGCACUACCUACGACCAUUUGCGGGAACAGGGUGCUGAGCGGCCACGGUACCCUUACUAAACCUUGUCUAGGUGUCGGCCGACAUGAGGCAGGUAGGACAAGUGACACACUCACACACACCGGUCACCGAAAUGUUAAGUCUGUGUCUCACUGUUGUCUAAAGCUAAAGCCAGGGCUCUGUUUGUGGCAGAUGUGUGGGUGAGAAGGAAAUGGUUCCUGUAAAUCUUUUCAGUAACCAACAGUACUUUAGGUUCUUAGUCCAUUUUAAUGUGAUGGAAUUUAUAUCAUGUUGUGAUUCCAUUCCAGGUAAAAAGGCUCCGAAUAACCACUUUAAUUUCCUAUUCCAUGUGUUUCCUGUACUGUUGUUGAAAGCUUUGGCCUCUGGGCUCCCUGAUUCUGUUCAUAGUAUGGGAAGAAUGAACUUUUAGACUUUUUGGAAGAACGUACAUGCUAAAAUACCUUUUGAAUUCUAAUUGGUGCAUGUGUAAAGGUGAGUCUGCAUUGAUUCAGUUUUGUUCAGCAGCUUCCAGUUUUCUCUUUUUUUUAUUGUAGAGCUUUUGUGUUGGUUCUAGUAUCAUUACUGCUUAUAUCUGACGCUGAUACACCUACAUGUGGAACUGUGCAAACAUUUUAUUAGUUCUUUUCUAUUCUGGCAGUCUUGACAUGCUUGUCGAGUAACAUUUGAACUUUUUUUUUAAAUUGUGUACUGAUUUCUAUUGCUGUAUAAAAAUUAGAGGUUGUGAGACCUUGUAAUGAAACAAGCUUGGUUUGCUUUUGUCUGUUUCAUCGCUUUUUGGUUAAAAUAAAAACAAAUCUUUCAAAUUCUAA